AUGAAACGCAAUAGAGUCAGCUUGCAAUUUGCAGGCCUACACCCCCGGACCUUGAAAGCCUACCGAGCUGCACUGGAUCGUUUUCUCAAAUAUGUGAAGCGCCGAAAGUUGAGUAUUUCAAAGCCACCCCGUUUAGACAAGCAGGUUGCAGAAUUCAUUGAUCAGUCCUACCAGGAGGGUGAACCACUGAGUUACUCGGGCCACCUUCUGUCAGCAAUAAAGCGGUUUCACCCAGCCUUGAGGCUGGAGCUACCAAUCUCCAGUCAAUAUUUUCGCAAUUGGCAGCGCUGUUACACAGCGAUUGGGGCCGUGCCGGCCCAUUGGGAGAUGGUGGAAGCUCGCAUGGGUUUAGCCCACAGCCAGCAGCAGCCGGAGUUUGCUCUGCUGAUUGCCCUUGGUUUCAACGCGCUGUUGCGCACAAGCGAGAUGCUGUCCCUCUCGCAUCAGCAUGUGGUCCCGCACCGGGGUGGAAAGGGGGUGAGCCUUAUCAUCCCUGGUAGCAAGACCUCGCAAGGGAAUCCACAGGUGCUGUUGGUGCACGAUGAUGCUCUGAUAGCCUAUGCCACCUCAGUUCUCUUCGGCCACAUGCGAAGGCGUUGCUCUGGCCCCACGGCCCACACUGCUUUCGCAAGCUGUUUGCAAAACUGCUAUGUCGAGGUGCCCGAGCCAGAAGCUGUUCUGGAAGAGCCGGACAGUAGCUAUGAAGUCUUAGCACCAGGUACUGCCGGAUGCCCCCCAGAGCUGGAAAUCAAAUCGGUUUCGGAAUGCCAAGCGGCGCUCAAAGAGCUUGGGAUCGACGUGGAUCCACGUUGGGUCUCAAACUACCCUGAGCUGCCCAGCAAGUGCUCGGUCCGUGAAUCUCCCAGCGCGGAGCAUCCGGAGCGCAUGCACUUUAACUCCUUCGUGGGUGGCCUUGGCCGUCAAGACCUCUCGCCUGUUUGCAAGAGACGCGGCGGUUCGCCAACUUCCGCCAGCGCCACAGUGACGUCUUCCGCAGAGAUCAAGGAGAUUGACAUUUCAACUUUGCCUGAGCAGCUUCAGCAGAUGCUGCAAAACUUGGAUGUCAGCAAUGUUGCCGAGAUCGAUGUGUCGGAGAUUAUGAGCAAGCUGGCUGGAAACCUGGCAAAGAUGAAGCCCAAAGUGCCGGAAAAGGCCCGGCCAGAGCCCAAGCGAGAGCCAACACGGGAGUCGUACGAGUAUGUGAAGUUGGUGAACGGAGCUCCUGGUUGUCCAGUUGGAUCAGAGAUCCUCACCUUCGAGGAAUGCAGGGAUGCAAUUUUGUCCUUGGGCCAGAAGCCGGACCCAUACUGGACCAACAGCUUCGAGGGGUUGCCACGACAUUGCUCCUUGCGUGAUCGGCCUGGUGAGGUCGUGGGUUUGGAGCGCAUGCACUUCAACACAGCGAAUCGGGGUACUGGCCGGGACGAUUUGGCGCCAAUCUGCCGAAAGCAAGGAGGGCAGCCUGUGAAAGAGGAAACCUCCAGUAGCAAGAGUAACUCAAGGACAGGCGUGGUGAGGGACAACUCCCAUGUAAUUCAAGAGCUUAAUGGCAAGACGCAGCGAAGAUUACUGGCAAAAGAGAAAGUCUUCUAUUUGGUUUACAUGAAGCAAGGCGGCCUCACCUACACAGAUGAGAGCAUGCUGUUGGACAUCAAGGAUCACUUUCAGCAACGAUUGGAGGAGCGUGGCAUCUCCCUGGAUUAUUUGUGGCUUGAUGUUGGUGUUGAACGUCAAAUCCGCGCUUUGCUGGACCCACCCACACUGCCAUCCGCCAUGCUUCUCCAAGGCAUGGAAAAUAUCAUGUGA